AUGGCCGUGUAUUUAUAUAAUGUUAUCUAUAAAACUGCAAAAGAUAACAAUAUGAAUUUAAGCCAUGGUAACAACUAUGUAACACCUAUAAGGAAAAAUCUAAAAUAUACCAAAAUUUUUGCUUUAUAUAUUCAGUUAAGGCAUUUCCCUAUUCUCCAAGCCUCGCCUCCGCCACCGCCCCCGAAAGGGCACCACGGCCCGGCCCAGCCCCUGCUCCAAAGCCACGUCCUGCCGCCCCAGCGCCACUGCGAAGCGGCCCCCGCCGCAGGGGCCGGGGCCAGCCCAGCCUGCCCCCUUCUGCCUGACAAGAGCCUGGCCGGCCUCAAAGGCAAGGAGCCCGUGGUGUACCCCUGGAUGAAGAAGAUCCAUGUGAGCACUGUCAAUCCCAAUUACACUGGAGGGGAACCCAAAAGGUCUCGAACUGCCUACACCAGACAGCAAGUCCUGGAGUUGGAGAAGGAGUUCCACUUUAACCGUUACCUGACCAGGCGCCGCCGCAUUGAGAUCGCCCACACGCUUUGCCUCUCGGAGCGCCAGGUCAAGAUCUGGUUUCAGAACCGGAGGAUGAAAUGGAAGAAAGACCACAAACUGCCUAACACUAAGAUGCGCUCCUCAAACCCAUCUCCUGCUAGCCAACAAGCCAAAGCACAGACACAGGGCCACCGCCAUCAUCUCGAUGGGUCAACACCCAACUCUUCCGCCCUGUCAUGAUCUCAUGGUGGGUUGUUUCCCGCUUUUUGACCAUUUGGACCAAAACAAAAUCAGAGGAAGCGUGCCCUGGGGAGGGUACAUGUUGAUACCAAAACCUGGACACAUUGUCUACACGAUACCGAGCUUUAUAGCGAGCUCCUGGUUGCAUUCCCAUCAUUCUUUUUUUGUAUUUAUGAAAAUUCUCCGUCCCUUCAGUGUUGCAGAGUGCUGGACGCUGUCAUGGAGGAAUUCUGUACCUAAGAAGGACCCUUUUUGUACAUAACACUUUAAAAAUAAAAUACAGCCCCAAAUAACCCGUAAGACACGUGUGUAAGACAUUGACUUGAGUUGUGUUGUUUCGUGCAAUGUUCGUGGAUGCUCCAGUAUAUGCAGACAGAAGAAACCAAAUGUUAUGUCAUGGAGAUUUUAAAAGCUUAUGAAAACUGUCCCCUUACAGUCUGACGGGCAAUAUUUAAUGUAACGAGAGUUAUUUAAUUGUGUUUAAGUGUAGCCACUGCGGUAGUUGUGAUAUAAAAUUCCCCUCCCCCGUGUCUCCGAUUGCAUUUAUUUAAUAAUAUUGCUAUAAAGGCUGUUGCUGUCUUCAUAUCUGGCCCUUCUAACUGUCUCCGUCUGUGUACAAUUUGUGAAUUUUGUUGUGAUGUACAUAUUGCCAAUCCAGGUAAUAAAGAAUACUCUGUACAAAAAAAAAAUUAAAGCUUCAAACACAAGUUCAUGUAAUGCAGUUUUCUAAACUUUAUGCCUCGCUGACAUUACUAUAACUAUGUAAAAAUAAGGGGUUACCACAUUGUUUUAACUUGAAUCUUGUCAAUACAGUUGCUUGGCUUUGAAUUUAGUUAGAGAUGCUCACGUUUUGCUCAUGUUAGUGGCCUGCCUUCACAAAAAUAGAGCCUGCUUGAACAAGUAAAUAUGUUAUUUAUUACCUAGAUGAGUUAUGUCCUUGUCAUAGAUUCAGUCUGUCUAUUCAUCUGUAUGUAUGUGGCUACCCCUAUCCUAUACAUACAGAAAUCGAGCUUUUACACUGAGUCAGUGACGUGAGCUGAACUAAUGUACUGUAGUAGAACUUAGACAGCUAACCACGAUGAACUUUAAAAAUAUCUGGCCCGUCAUUAUUUAUUUAUCCAUUCGCUUGAUGUUUACUGUGACUUGUCAAUUCACUGUGAAGAAUUAAGGGAAAAUGUGUGGGCAACAAAAAGUUUCUUUGUUUCAAAGGCAUCUAUUUUGAAAAGUGUUGGGUGUAAACAGAAAGCCUUAGUAGUGAAAUGAAAUUUGGUCCAACUUGGAGGUUUACUCUGGUAUCUGUGUUCAGAAUGUUUCUGGAAAACAAUAUUCAGGUGUUUCAAACUCGUACUAACCUUCCCAGUGGCAAGGAUGUUGAGAAAUAUACCCUAAGGUGGUCUCCUUACAAUAAAACGGUAUGCUGUUCCAAUUUAUAAGGACUUUCAUAUCACAAUCCCGAAAAUAACACUGAUAUUGGAACACAUUAGCUGAGCAGAAGAACUUAGAGGUGGAAACUCUAUUACUGUUUUUCUGUCAGGAAAAGAUUAAGGUCCACGUUUUAUUCGCCACACUCAGGAAAGUAUGUCCAGGCGCUAAACUGGAGUCAACGGGUCUUCUCCCGUGGAGAAGGCAAGCAAGAUGUAGUUCCUUUAUUUAAAUAUAACACAAUUCACUCAGCAAGAAAACACGUUGGCAAAACAGUAUUGUGCGCAUCACUUCUUGUCCCAGGCACACAUACCAUUCCCAUGAAAAAUUUAACAUAUCACUGGAAAAGUAUAUUCAGCAUCUAGGCUAUGGCAGUUGUAAAUCCACUCAGCAAGCAGAGUUGGCUUCACAUUGAACAAGUAGCACGUUUCCUUUACCAUCCUGCUAUUUACUAAAUCCAACAACGUUUUCCUCGUUGGCUACCCCAAUGUAAAAGAAACGGAAGAGAUCUGAGGUGGUUGUAACUGUUGGUAUCUCUAGUUCUCUGUAACGUACAGCUCUUUGUUUUGUUUAUUGUGUGGAACAUACCCUCUCCAUCAAUUUAUUUUAACCCCAAAUUAGCAGAAAUAAUCAAAAUCUCAAAUCAAAUAUUUUAAUAGGGAAUUAUUUCUUUCUGAAGGCUACGCUUACAUAUCUAUUUUCCCUUUGUACAACUAAAUGAAACCCACGCGCUGAAAAUAGCAAUUUUACUGAGUAUCAUUAAUCACCUCCUACAAUAAAUACUUCUUUGUAA